CCUUCAUAUUAUUGCAGAAUAUUUACCCACAACAAACCAAAGCAUGUUACAAAAGCAGCAUUUACUAACCUAUGGGUCAACUAGUCCCAACCCCCUAAUAAUCAUUUCGUAUCUUGAAGGUUGUGCAAUAGUUGCUGUUUAUGCAUGCUGUUUAUCAAAGUUCUUUCGUUUUUGAUUGUAUUUGAAAGACUCGUUCGAGCAUUCAUAUACUGGCACCAUUACCAUAUUGGCAUAUACCUAAUAUUGAUACCUAUCAAAUUAGUACGAUUAGGAUUAAUUUUAGUAACUGAAAGUUACAAGCGUUCACGUUUUAGAUUGUAAUGUAAACAGACGUGGCGGGAGCGCUCGAUUUAACGGUUGGAUAACGUUUUGGCAAAACUGCUUUAUUAUGUUCGAAUUAAACUGGAUUAUAGUUGUUUCUCGAGAAUCGUAGAACUAAAAUGGCGACAUCGAAAUUUGCCUCAUACGAAACUGGUUACGAUGAUGAACGCUUUGAACAGAUUGUCAGCCAGACCUUGCACUGUAUCAUUUGUACGAAUGUCAUCAAAGAUCCAGUCAUGUGCCGCCAUAAUGAACAUGUGUUUUGUCGUGGUUGUAUCACCAGACAUCUCAUGUACUCUCAGACAUGCCCUACAUGUAUGGAACCACUCACUGUCGAUACUUUGAAAGUGCCUCGUAACAUAGCGAACUUGCUUUCUGAACUUAAAAUCCGUUGUGAGUUCUUUGACCGCGGUUGUGAGAGAUUCAUUUUGCUGGGAGAUCUUGAAAAGCAUGUUGAGGACUGUGGGUUCGCCCCGGCAGUCUGCUCGAAUGAAGGCUGUAAUUUCGAGGCAAACAAACGAGAUUUGCUUCAUCACGAAACAGCCGUGUGUGAACUACGCCGAGUUCAGUGUCAUAGUUGUAAUGAAUUAAGACGAGAGGUGGAUGCCGUUAAAUCCAAUCUUGCGAUGAUGAGUGAAAAAAUGGACAAAAAUGAGAAAAUAUUCUUAGAAAAGAUCGAGACGAACGGCAAAGCCGUGACUCGAGCCGUGGUAAACGACGUGCUUGCGAAAGUUGAGUUGGUUCAAAAACAACUCGAUAAACAAGAGGGGAGCAUUCGUCAACUCUGCAACACAGGCAACGACGAAAUGAAGAGAAAAUUGGACGAAGUUAACAGGCAACUACAAAGAAUGGCGUGGCAAACGGCCCUAAUGCAAUUGCCGUGUGAUGUCCAAGUGGAACAAGAACAACUGAAGAAAGGUAUUGGAGAAUCUAAUGAGAUAGACAAAGACAAGGUCAAGGAGCCAAAAGUCAUUAUCGCUGGAGGCAAAGAUUUGAAUAGUGUUGAAAUAUUUGAUUUAGCAAAUAAAACCUGGAAACCACGUCAGCCAAUGAGAGAAAUUCGCAAAGGUGCAUCUUCAGUUGUUCACAACAAUGACAUAAUUAUUUUGGGAGGUUGCCAUGACUCUAUGGAAAAAUUGUCAAUAGAUGUGCUCCAUGUUGACCUGUCAGUAACAUGGGAAAGUGUUCUUGCUAAAUUACCCGGGCGGUUCCACGGACAAUGUACUGUAGUACACAAUGGACAUUUGGUAGUGAUCGGGGGCUUUGACUUGGAGAAGAAGACCUAUUCUAAAAGCAUAACUAAGAUUUCCCUUGUUCCACCCUACACCAGAAAACCUUUGUCUACCACGCCACAGGAAAGAUGUUAUCAUGGUGUUGCAAUAUUUAGCGAUAGGAUCCUGAUUGCUGGAGGAAGAAAGAGUCACAUGAAAAGGUCAGCUCUCAUAAGUGUUGUUAUGUAUAACAUCACUAAGAAUGAAUAUCAGGAGAUGGCUCCCCUCCCCUACCCCGUGAGUCAAAUGGCCACAGUCAAGUGGGGUGAAGACAACGUCAUCUUAAUGGGUGGCGUUGACAGCAACGACGAAGUGUUAAGCAAAGUUUUAAUCUUCAACAUCAAGACCCAGAAGAGUCACAUGCUUCCUAAUAUGAAGUAUAAGAGGGAAGGAUGUGUGGCUGCAGUUGUCAGAGACACCGUGAUCGUGAUGGGAGGCCGAGAUGAAAGAGGAAAUGCCUUGAAGUCUGUGGAAAGUUUUAGAUUUGACAGAUACAGCUGGGAAGAACUUCCAGAUAUGCAUGAAGCGAGAUACAAGGCUACUGCAGUCGUAUGCUAAUCACUAUGCCCGUUGUGAAUGAACUCAGUCACAGCUAGAAAACUUAUAUGUGAACAGCAAUUUUACAAGAGUUCUCUCCUUAUUUUUACAUCAGUAAUUUUAAAAUUGAUAAAUUUUUGUGCUUGUAUCUCGUGUAAACCUAUUCCUUACAGGUUUACCAAAAGGGUUUAUUUUGUACUCCUAUUAAAGAAUAAACACAAAACCUGUUGCGGGUUACGAAGUUUCUCACGCGAAAAGCCUCGGAUAUUUAUCUUGUGUAUCUGCGCAUGUAAU